UUCAGUUUGGUAGCCUGGUGGUUGUUGUCAUAUCAUUCAUUGUUGAGGCCACCUGCCGCUGUAUUGAAGCUCUACCAAAUAGUUCAAACAAUGUAGCGUAACAGAGUAGUGCAAGUAUUGGAGAUGUUGAAAAGAGAAGAGGGAGUUCUAAAUCGGAAAUAACACUUGCCAACAAACCAGCAUGGCUAGACUUUACCGGCAAGGGAGGACAAAGAUGCGACGACACAAGGUCUUUCUCUUCGGCACAUUGGCCUUGUGUGUCCUCUCCCUGCUGCAAUACUGCAAGGCCCUCCACCACAUGCUUAUGCUGAGAGAGCUGUAUACUGCAUCCGUCAACCUCGAGGCCCUGGGCUUCCUCUGGAGAGGGAAUGUUCGCUCAGGGAUGAAGCCCCUCCCUGGGUCUCGACCCUCCGACACGGGCCUGUGGGAACCAGGGGAUGACCGGGGGGACCAAGGGAAUGCAGAGGUGGAGAGAUGGAUUGGGCAUGGCGGUGAGGACCCGUGGGGUAAGGAGCAGCCUGACUCAGGGAAUGUUAACAGAAUGACGGUCACUCUCCCAGACCCCAAUGGACCAUGGGGGGAACUUCACAAACGGAGCUUCCGUCUUCGCGAUGACCCCACCCCGUUCUUUGCGCGCACCAUGUCUGGAGCAUAUUGCUUCCGAGAGGGGACGGAAAUGGCUUUUCUCAAAGACGACUCAGGGCAAACGGUCCAAGCAGCUCGAGAGGGCCAGCGUAAGAUACUGCAUGCACAGCAAGAGGAACCCAAGUCAGCCCAUGGGAAAUACGCCCAGAGGAAAAGGCUGGUGAAGUGUAUGUGUCGCCAAGGCUGGCACGGCCCUCACUGUGGCAUCCCCACCAUGGUGCAACACUCCAACCUGCCGACUAAGGGAAGUCUGAUGCCCAGGAUGGUUCCACGGAGGGUCAUCAACGCCAUUAACAUCAACCACGAGUUUGACCUCCUCCACGCCCGCUUUCACGAGCUGGCCGACACUGUUGACCUCUUCCUGGUGUGUGAGUCAAACUUCACGGCCUAUGGAAAUUCCAAGCAGCUGCACUUCCUACGCCUCCUGCUUAACGGGACCUACAACUACAUGCGCCACAAGAUCCUCUAUGUCUUCCUUGAUCACUUCCCUAAAGGUGGCCAGCAGAACGGGUGGAUCGCUGACAACUACCUGCGGACGUUUUUAAGCUAUGACGGGAUGUCCAGAGUACAAGGUGCCAGGCCGGAUGAUGUCUUUCUCAUCAACGACGCAGAUGAGAUCCCGGCCCGCGAGGGCAUCCUCUUCCUCAAACUCUACAAUGGCUGGACGGAACCUGUGUCCAUCCACAUGAGAAAGUCCCUUUAUGGUUUCUUCUGGAGGCAGCCUGGGACCCUGGACGUCCACUCCGCCUGCACUGUUGCCAUGCUUUUUGCCGUCUACGAUGGAGAUGGGAUAUCACUGAGGCGCAGGGAUUACUACUCCAUGCCGGGUUUCCGGAACUAUCAGAGGGAGAGUGGACACAUCCUGGUGCAGUGGUCCAUUGGGAGCCCCGUCCACUACGCAGGCUGGCACUGUUCCUGGUGCUUCAGACCAGAGGGAAUCUCCCACAAACUAAUAUCUGCCCAGAAUGGAGACUUCCCCCGCUGGGGCGACUACGUGGAAAAACGAGACCUGAACUACAUUAAGGGCUUGAUCCAGACUGGGGGAUGGUUUGAUGGCUCGGUGGGGGAGUACCCAUCCACAGACCCUAAAGAGCCUAUGUACGCACCCAAAUAUCUAUUAAAGAACUUUCCGCUGUACCGCUACAUACUUGAGAACCCAUAUGUCUGAAUUUGGUAGAAAAUCGGUAAGGAUUAUUUUCUCAUUGCUGAUUUCAAUGGAAGGAUUUUUAACUUCAAGGGGUGUUGUCUUAACACAACUAUGAAACCUCCACCUAUGCCUCUGAUUGAAGGGCAGGCCCUCCACUUCCUGUCUGAAGAAGACGUAGCUAGUGGUUGAGAGGGAGUGUAAUGAGUGACAUCUGAGACUCAUUCUAUCUGAUUCUAUCCCUUUUCAAUCACAAUAUUUAAAUGAUAGUUAAACAAUCCUCAAUGACAAAGGCCCCUUCUACUCCAGAGCAUUCAAGGACCGGUUUACGUUUGGGACAUUGACUUUUGUACAGUUCCUAACUGUAGACGUGAUGGCAGACAGGUAUAUAUGUAUAGAAGAUCUAUCUGAUGAUGGCCAAUGGCCAGUGAUACUGUAGUUUUCCCUCAGUCAGAUCAUCAAUGUGCUUCUAGUGUCACCAGUUUUGCGUUUCCAGAGAACUCUGUGAAGAAAGAGACCUGAAAAACGAUCAGUGCACUUUUCUGGGGUGGUGGUAAAACUGUGUUACUGUGCUGAAAUGGUUGUUCGAACAACACAGGGAAAUAUAGCGGGAAAGGGAAAGUCGGUUUUAUAUUGUUUAAUACAAAUUCAGGUUUCCCUCACUAAUGUGGGCUUGUCUUAAACGUUGCUUAAUUUGACUACACAACUUUCUCAUAGCCUUCUUGUAAACAGAUUGUGUAUGGUUUACAGGUGAAUAAAUGUGAGGCCAAAAAGAAUAUGUCAUUAGAACCAUGGAAUCAGGCCAAACAAUUGUCACAUUGCUUUUAGACAUUUCUGUCAUUUGUGUUCAUUGUUCAUUGAGAGAGAAAAUUCUUGAGAAACAAAAUCCAUUUCUUCUGCUAUGGUCUCGUGAUUCACAUCACGUCUGGUAAUUCAAUCUGUUCUAGACACUCAAUUUGACAUGUAUAUAAGCCAACGCAAUGGUUUCCUUGGUUUCGUCCUUAAAAAUGGAUUCCAAUUCUUCAAACAACCAAAUAAUGAACAUGAUAAUAAUAUUCCUACAGAUCUUAGGGACAUAUCCCCUGUGAAUAGGAUGUAUAGCAAUGACAAUUAUUAAUGUAUUCAUGCUUAGUUAAGAAACAACAGACUGUCUGCCAUCAAUCGGUUCAGCCUUCGAUACGCUGCAAGUCAUUUGUUCCUACCUGAAUUACAAUAGAGUACACUGAGGCCUAUUCAACAGAAACCAGUGCGUCAACAAAACAAAAGCAAAAUGUUUAUGUUGUGAAUAUCUUAGUUUGUUCUUGUUUCGCACUGCAGACCAUGUUUUGUUGAGUAGCUAUAUGAACCCAAACCUACUGGCAGUAAAAACAGUUAACAGGACAACAUGAAGACAGACAAAAGUGCAUAAAAAGGAGUAAUUUAUUAGUAUACUUUAACUUAAAUUUUGAGUCAUUUAUUAAUCAUGCACCUUUAUUUCCAGAUAAACUUACAAUGUUGGGAAGGUUAAGACUGCUGUUUACUGUUGUUAAAUCAUGUCGUGUCAAUGUGGACACUUUUGUUCAGAAUUAGCUUUAGCACUUACUUGUCUUGGGAGAAUGACUUUGGGAAUAAGGAGAUAAUAAUAUUUGAUUGGUGUAUUGACAAUGUUUCUCUUGGGAAUCUGAUGCUUCGUCAAUUGAUGCUCUGACUUGUAGUUUGCACACAUUCUCUCACAGCCUUUAAAACGACUUACUCUGAACUCUGGUACACCUCUUGUUUCUCAACACCUCUCGUUCCUCAAUCCAUGUUUUGAUUAUUCGUGCACUCAACUUUUAAACUCCCUCUUGUGUGUGUGUGUGUGUGUGUGUGCGUGCGUGCGUGCGUGCGUGUGUGUGUGUGUGUGCGUGCAUGCAUGCGUGUCUGUGUGAAUAUGUAUUUCAUCUAUCUUGUUAGAAAUUAUUUGUAAGGUGCCACUUUUCGAUACCUUUCUAUCUGGAGUCCACAUGAUGAAAAGUGGGACUUCCACAGUGGCUACAUUUAAAGGCCAGAAUCUCAGGAAUAUUAGAGAAUGGCAUGUGAAUGGCAUGAAUGGCAACUAUUCAAACUGCACCGUUGUUUAAGGUCCACAGCAUGUUUACUGCAAAAAAAUGCCUUGGAUGUUGUUGACUUAGCUUUUUUAGGGGGAUUUCUUUUGUAAUUUCUGGAUGGUGUCCAAUAUUUCUUUGUACAACUAUGAGGUACUACUCCUGUGUUCUAACUAAAAAAUAAUAAUUGUUGAAGUAAAAAUCAAUAACUAAU